AUGGAAGGAAAGGUGCUCGAACUAAAGAGCGGUAUCUGUCCAACACUCCUCUGUACACACGCCACUGCAUCGUUGGCCCGCGACUAUUGGGCACUCAAACCACUCUUAUUUUUCACCAAAGACGGUCUCCGUGAAGACAUUCAUCGUUGGAAUAUCGAUAUUCUCAAUCAAUCACCAUUACUCAAUAGCGCUGGUGGCGGUGGUGGUGAAAAUGGAUCUGGCAAAGAUGAUAAUCACGAAAAAAAGAUAGAAUUUGAAAACUUUAUUAGAAAGAGUAAAUUGUAUGCCAAGGAUCCAUUGAUUUGCAAGGUACUUGGUAUUACUAGUGAAAUGCAUGCAAUGGCCAAGGUAGCCAUUCUCGUCUACAUUCCAGAGUUAAAGUGGUGGAAAAAGGUAGAUCAAUUCCAAUCAAACAUUAUCAGCUUUGAAAACGAUCUUUUGUUGCGUGAAAUCUUUACUCAUCCAUCGAGUAAAAAGAUCAAUUCACUCAACCCAGCCGAAUACAAACUAUUCAAGGAUCUACUCCCCUUUACCACUGACAAUCAACGUCUAGAGUUUCUCGGUGACUCUAUCCUCAAGUUUUGUGCAUCCAUCUAUCUCUUUUUCAAGUAUCCCAAAGCCAACGAAGGAGAGUUGACAACCAGAAGAAGUGAAUUGACCAACAACACUUAUCUACUCGAAAAGUGUAAUGAAUGGGGUAUCAUUGAAUUACUUCGUUACUCUAGCACUGAAGAUAUUAAAAAACCAAAGGCCGAUGUCAUGGAAGCAAUGUUUGGUGCAAUCUUUUUAGAAAGAGGAUUUAAAGAAGUCUAUCGUUUUAUCGUUCAUACCGUUUACAAUGAUCAUCAAUAUUCAACUUUACCAACUUUUAAAUGUAAUCAUUCUUUUGAAAGACAAUUAUCAUCAAUACAAUCAAAAUUUUUAUUUGAUGUUCAAGUAAAGAUUAGUAAAGUAUGUUUAUUAGAGGAUGCAAUUACAUGUUUGGGAGAUCAAAAUUAUUCUUAUCAAAGAUUAGAGUUUUUGGGUGAUUCCUAUUUGGAUGGUAUUGUAUCACAUUUCUUGUAUCGUGAAUUCCCACUAGAGAAUGAAGGUUUCUUGUCACAAGCAAGAGCACUUUUGGUUAGAAAUGAAGCAUUGGCUCAAAUUAGUCAAAGAAUCAAACUCUACCAAUUGGUAACCGAUCCAAGUGCCACCUUUAGUACCAAGAGACUUGGUGAUCUAUUUGAAGCAUUCAUUGGAGGUGUAUUGUUGGACAAUGAAUUGGAAGAUACCAAGAAACUUAUCUACCGUCUACUUAAUCUAAACAAGGAUUAUGUCGUAGAGAUUUUAGAGGCUCAUUAUGCCAGUUCAAGACCUGUCCCACACAAUUCAACUGAAAUGAUACCAGAUUCCGAAGUAUUACCAGUUCGUAUCGAUCAAAUGCUCGAUAACCAACCCAUUGCAUCAACCAUUCCUCCCAAAAAACAACGUAAUGGUAUUUAUUUAAAUAAUUCACCAAUCUCUUCUGCAGUUUCAAUUUCUCCAGAAUCUUCAUCCUCUUCCACCUUGUCCUCUCCACCAGUUAUUACUCCUCCUAUAACAAUUAAUCAAGGAUCUACCACUCCUCCCAUGACUGUUACCAGUACAAGUAUAAUGGAUGUUGAUGUUCAAGAUAAACAAGAUGAACAAGUUCAACAACAACAACAAGUAAUAUUAAAUGUUGAAGAAGAACAAAAAGAAAUGACAAUAUAA